AUGGAGGACGGUCAACCCUCCAAGAGACGGCGACGCAGUCGCAAAGUCCUCUCCGAUCGCAAGUUCGAAUGCACCUUCGAAGGCUGCGGGAAGAGUUACUCGCGCGCCGAACACCUCAGUCGCCAUGCGCUCAACCACACCCCCAAACAAAUAUAUCGCUGCGAUUUUCCAAACUGCUAUCGCUCCUUCGUGCGUCAGGACCUGUGCGCGCGUCACCGCGAGAGACACUCCACCAGCGGCUCCCAGCUCCAGAAACGCGACCAGUUCGAAAAUGACUCCAAAACCUCCCCUUCCUCAUCGCCCGCGAUCACCUUACCAGAGUACUUCGUGAGCUCUGAGGAACCGAAACCGGUCUCGACCUACCCUCUCACAACCGGCGUGGAGAGUGAGAUACCGGGACCGCAGUACUCCGAUUUCCCCGCCGUUCUCGACCAGCCGGAUAACCUGAUCGACCUCGACUCCAUGUCGUACCCGAUAUUUGGCGGGGAGACCUACAACCGCUCACCGUUUGCCAUGGCCGAUGAUUUUGCAGCCUGGCUGUUCAGUGAGCCUCUGGCGCCGAUGGGGUACGGGAUGGUUCCGCUCGUGCAGAGCCAGUUCUACAUGAAUGAGCCUCCGUAUAGUAAUGACAACUUUUGUGCGGUCAUUCCACAGCAUCCGAUGAGCGUGACGAGUAUUUUGGACUCCGGAACACCACCAGCCCUCAUCUCGGAGGAGAAGCGCCAAGAACUACUCGUGCUAAUGUCGAGCCGGUUCAACGAGGCUGCAUAUGCAGCCGGCGCGAAAAGAAAAGAUGCCCUUUUGGACGGGGAUCUGAACAACGACCGGCAUGUGCUGAGCUUGCGUAUGAUGCAGAUAUAUAUUGGUUCUUAUUGGUACCACUUUCAUGCACAGCUGCCGCUCCUGCAUCAGCCUACUUUUGUCGCCGAUCGCACCCCGAAUCUAUUAUUACUGGCUAUCAUUGCUAUUGGCGCUGUCACCUUGGAUAAAAUCCAUGGGCAGGCGGCCACAGAGGCCGCGGCGGAAUUGGCCAGCUUCAUCGCGUGGCAUCUGCGCUGGGAGAUUUUCAUGGAUGCCGACUUCCGGCCUCCAGCCCGACUUUGGGUGUUUCAGUCUCUGCUACUAUUGGAAGUAUACGAGAAGUUGUUCUCCACGCGGGCCUUACACGAGCGUGCACACAUUCACCACGACACAACCUUAACCCUGAUGCGCCGAGGCAGUUCCCUGAUUGGCAACUCGUCAUUCGACACCCCCGAAACAAAAGAAGAAGACGAGUCAUGGUCGACAUGGAUCAAAGCAGAGGCUACUCGCCGGGUCGCCUUUGCCGCCUUCGUUCUGGACUCCACGCACGCGACGAUGUUCGGUCACUCUGCCAAAAUGGUCGCUCACGAAUUACGCCUCCCGCUUCCCUGCGACGAGGCCCUGUGGGCAGCCACCAGCGCGGCAGAAGUCGCUCGUGUUCAGUCCAGCUUGCAGUCCCACGGCGUUCGACCAACCAUGUUCUUAGACGGUCUCAAACGCACCUUGAACGGGCAGCCCGUCCGAACAAAUGACUUCGGUCGAAUCAUCCUCAUGUCCGGUCUCCUCAGCGUCUGCUGGCAUUUGAACCAAAGAGACCUGCAGAUCAGUUCCCUCGGCGUAGGUCAGACCCUCGGGGGAAGAGACAAAUGGCGCACAUCUCUCCUUCGCGCAUUCGACAACUGGCGUCGUGAUUUCGACGAAGCCCUCGGCCCAUCGACCUCCGAGUCCCGCGAUGUUCUCCACGGACUCGCACAUAUGGCCUCCCACGUCGACAUCGUCGAUCUGCAGAUCUUCGCUGGCGCAGGUCGCCUCAUGGGCCGCUCCAUCACGGCCCGUGACCACCGCGCUGCCCGCGAAAAGACCGAACGCUGGGCCACCAAAGCCUCCGCUCGUGACGCCACGUUCUACGCCCUGAAAUUCCUCUCUGUCUGUUUCUUAGACCCCACGACGCAGCCAGGCGAGUAUGCCGCCCGUGACGACUACCUCCUCAAUCGCCCCUGGGUGAUGUAUUUUGCUGCAUUGGUAGUCUGGACUUAUGGGUUUGCGUUGGAUGGGCCGCUCCGCCCACCACCCGUUCUGGCGACUGUCGCCGACCGCGAACACGAUAUGCAGACCUUCCUCCAUCGCGUGGGCGAAAUUCAGGAACCAAAUGAAUUGGAGGCUAUGACGGGUCGUAAUGGGUGUCUUGGUUUGCUGAUGAUCUUACGAGACUCGUUUGCCAAACCUCGCUGGGAGCUGCUGGGGGAGGCAGCGCGGCUGCUGGACAGCUGCAUCGCGAAACUGCAGUCAGUACUCUGCACUCAUACAAUAAGCCCACCUGGCCACUGUAGAGCCUCUACAAACUACAAGGAAGCUUUCUCACUCUUCGAUCGCCGCGGCACAGGUCGUGUCUCGGGCGAUCUCCUCGGUGACCUGCUUCGCGCCUGUGGCCAGAAUCCCACUCUGGCCGAGAUCAGCGACCUCGAGAAGUCCGUCGGUGGUGACUUCGAUUUUGAUUCCUUCCUUAAGGUCCUCAACCGCCCUGGUGGUUUCCGCGAGCCCGGCGAGCCCGAAGAAUACUGUCGCGGAUUCCAGGUCUUUGAUAAGGAUAUGACGGGCUUUAUUGGUGUUGGUCAGCUGCGAUACAUCCUGACGAAUCUUGGCGAGAAGAUGUCCGACGAAGAAGUCGAUGAGUUGCUUAAGGCGGUUGAUACCAGCUCCGGCGAGAUUAACUAUACUGAUCUCGUUCGCACCAUCCUCGCCAACUGA